UUCAUAUAUGCUGACCGUAAUACAAGAUUUUGGUCACUUCACAUGAACGCAGUGUGGAAAAACUCCACAGCCUGCCUUCCAAAACUCAACAGCAUCCAUUCAAGACCAAAAGCUAUCAUCUUCACUUUAUGCAAACAUGGCAGAUUCAUGGAAGCUUUACAAUGCCUCUGCGCCAACCCCUCCACUCUAUUGGACCUUCCCACCUACUCCACCCUUCUCCAGUUCUGCAUCAACUCCAAUGCCCAUGCCCAAGGCAGAGCGCUCCAUGAUCAUCUUAUCGCCACUGGCUGCACCUCAGAUUUGUUCUUGAACACCAAGCUCAUCAUUUUCUAUGCUAAGCUUCCAGACCUCACUGCUGCCAGGAAGGUGUUUGAUACAAUGCCUCAAAGAAGUGUUGUCUCUUGGACAGCGAUGAUUUCAGGGUACUCGCAAAAUCAGUGCCCAUUGGAAUCCUUGGGAACUUUUGUUUUGAUGCAGAGAGAGGGAUUGAGAGCCAAUCAGUUCACUUAUGGGAGUGUUCUGAAGGCAUGCACAGAUAUGGGCUGUAUUAGGAGUGGUGAGCAAAUUCAUGGAUGUGUUGCAAAGAGCAGGUUUGUGGAGGAUUUAGUUGUGCAGAGUGCUCUUCUGAAUCUGCAUUUGAAGUGCGGAUCUGUUGGGGAUGCAAGGUGUUUGUUUGGGCGGAUGGAGCAGAGGGAUUUAGUUUCUUGGAACUCGGUCAUCGGUGGCCAUGUGGUUCGGGGCCUUGGAUAUGAUGCAUUUGAAUUGUUCUGGUCGAUGAUGAGAGAUGACAUGUCGCCGGAUCACUUCACCUUUGGACAUGUAUUGAGGGCAUGUGCUGGAAUUAAAAAUCUUGAGAUUGUGAGUCAAAUUCAUAGCUUCAUUAUCAAAUCAGGUUAUGGGAAUCAUUGUGUUGUUACGGGAUCACUUAUUGAUGCGUAUGCAAAGUGCAAGUGUAUGACCAAUGCAAGUCUGCUAUAUAGAUCUCUGCUUGAACAUGACCUGGUAUCUUGCACAGCUUUGAUCUCCGGAUACUCACAGGAGAAGAACUUUAGUGUUGAGGCAUUGGAGCUUUUCUAUAAGUUGAAUCAGAUAGGCAUGAGAUUUGAUGAUGUAAUCUUAUGUUCCAUGCUAAAUAUUUGCGCAAAUGGUGCCCUCUUAAGCUUGGGAAGACAAAUUCAUGCUUGUAUAUCUAAGAGCCAGUCUGAUUAUGAUGUAGUAUUGGGUAAUGCCCUUAUUGACAUGUACGCUAAGGCAGGGGAAAUUGAGAAUGCCCAUCUUGUAUUUGAUGGCAUGAGAUAUAAAAAUGUUAUUUCAUGGACUUCAUUGAUUGAUGCAUAUGGAAAACAUGGCUAUGGUGAAGUUGCUAUCUCACUUUUUGUGCAAAUGGAGGAGUGUGGGCUUAAGCCAAAUGAUGUCACCUUCCUUUCCCUUCUUUUUGCCUGUAGCCAUUCUGGCUUAACCAGCAAAGGAAUGGAUUACUUCCACUCCAUGGUCAGAAAAUAUGGAGUCCAUCCUAGAGCUGAGCAUUAUUCAUGCGUUGUUGAUCUUCUUGCACGUGGAGGUCUAAUAAAAGAAGCUUGUGAUUUUGUACACAGAAAUAAGAUUGAGCCCACCACAUCAACCUGGGGUGCGAUGCUUGGAGCAUGUAGAACUCAUGGCUAUGUUGCCUGGGGAGAAGCAUCUGCAAGUUAUCUGUUUCAUUUAGAACCUGACAGAUCAGUAAAUUAUGUUAUCCUUGCAAACAUAUAUGCCGCAGCUGGAUUGUGGGAAAAUGCAUCUAACACAAGGAAACUAUUAGAUGAAAGAUCAAUGAAAAAAGAUGCGGGCUGUAGCCUAAUUUAAUAUAUGACCACACAAUGGGACAAUCUUAUUUACAUGCUUACAUGCAGUUACUAUUAGAUGCAGGCUGUUACUAUUAGACGAAAGAUCAAUGAAGAAAGAUGCAGGCUGUAGCCUAAUUUAAUGUAUGACCACACAAUGGAAAAAUGCAUCAAACACAAGGAAACUAUUAGAUGAAAGAUCAAUGAAGAAAGAUGCAGUCUGUAGCCUAAUUUAAUAUAUGACCACACAAUAUUGGAGAAUGCAGUUAGAUAUGAUGGUUAUGUGAAAACUGCAUGAUUCUGGAUUGUUUACGUUGAAGUCAGUCGACCAAUCUUGUUUCAUGCUUCCAUUUAAGGACCAGUGAAGCAAAGAUCAUCACGUAAGCAUGUAAUCAUGUGGAAACUUCCUUGCAACUCUACAAGAUUUACCUCGGCUUACACUCCUGCCAUUUUGAACUUGAGCCUCUAGAGCAUAUGUGAUUACCUUGAAGACACUCAGAUUGCCAGUUGCUCUAAAUUAACACUCUAGACAUCUAUGUUUCCCUGCAAGGAUGCCUGCAGCUUUGAUAAGGCAUUGAUGAGGGAUGCACUUGUCACAUUUCACCAUCUUUCUGAGGGAGAAGCUAUAAUUAGUACAGUCACUACCUUAAAUAAUGCUUUUUCUUAAAUUUUGAAGGAGCUCGUUGCUGGAUACAUCUAAGAUUAAUGUGGGCAGGAGUUCAUCAACUGAAAAUUUUGAUGAUUAUGUUUACUAUAAGAUCUUCUCUUUCAAUUUACUGUCUUCUGAUCAAUUAGUAUCUUUUAGGACCUCCAGGAUCUGGGAAAACCCCAUUGCUAUUGGCUUUAGCCGGGAAGCCUGAUUCUGAUUUUAAGGCAAUGCUCGCGGAAUGGAUGAGUUUUUCCCACAGAGAACUUAUAUCAGCCAACAUGAUGUACAUUGGAGAAAUGACAGUGAGAAACAUUGGCAGUGAUGACUGCUCUUAAAUUAACAAAUGUUGACAAAAUUAUCAGAAAGUGCAAAGCAGCUAACUUAAGCCAGAGGCUGGCAUUAAUAUGAUUAUGAAGGUAGAUAAUCAAUGAUAACUAAAGAGCUGAAGCUUCAUCUACAUGCCUAUCAGAAAUUGAUUGCUAAGGCCAGGAAAGUGUGGUGACAGGCUACAUUUUGAAGGUAUAUAUUGCAGUCUUUUUUCCCAUGUACUAAUGAUAAAAUGUUAAAGUGUAGACUAUUUAUUUCAAUACUAGUGUGACAGCAUAAGACCAUAUUAAGAAGCAUUGCUUGAGUAUAGAGUAACCUGUGUUGCAAUUGAAAACAGCCUGAAUAAAAAUGAUUUGGUUAUGUAUCA